ACUAUUCUCAUUUGUCAAUAGCUAUUCUUUGGUCAUUAAAUCAUUAGUCAUUUCAAAGUGAGUCAUUUCUUCGUUGACGUUUGCUACCGCUUGGUUUUACGACUUGCGUCGCGUGUUGGGCUGGUUCCUGAAUUCUUUCUGAUUCUAGAAAAUCGUCGCAUUGCUAUCGCUACAAAAUGGCAAUCCACAUCAAGGACGCUGAUGACCUGAAGACCAGGCUGAACGAGGCUGGAGAUAAGCUGGUGGUGAUUGACUUCAUGGCCACCUGGUGCGGACCCUGCAAGGUCAUCGGGCCCAAGCUAGAGGAGAUCGCCAACGAGAUGGCUGACUCCAUUGUCGUUCUCAAGAUCGACGUCGACGAGUGCGAAGACAUUACGUCAGAGUACGAGAUCACUUCGAUGCCCACAUUCGUCUUCGUCAAGAACACGAAGAAGCUCGAGGAGUUCUCGGGCGCGAACGUCGACAAACUCAGAAACACUAUUCUGAAGCAUAAGUAACUCCAUUAACCACGACAAAUAACUUAUGGGACGCUUUUUAAAUUCUUCGUUGUCCCGCGUAACGCAUGCAAACCUAUGAGGCAGUGCCCCAAGUUUUUAAUACAAAUUUUUAUUUAAAAAGUUUUAGGCCAAAAUAAGUUUUGUUUAUUUGUUUGAAUUGUCAUUAUAUUUAUUUACUACUCUUCUAUAACCAAUCUUUCAUAACUUGUAAUUUAAAUGCAGAUAGUAAAACCUCCUUUCUAGAAUAACUCUUAUGAAACGGCGUUGCUUCAUUUGAUUAUGUGCGUUUCCCCCAGUGCUUACAUCACUAAAAUAAGUAUUAAGUUUUGCACUUGAACAAACAAUAUUAGCAUUACAGCGAUUUUUAUUAGUUUUUCUUCGUAUGAAUGAAUACAAGUAGAUAUAAAGUUUAAACUAUUUAAAUGUUGGCUUGUUUCGAAUUGUAGUUUCAUUGAAAACAGACCUUUGAAAGGUUUAUAUUUUGUUAAGCAUUUAUUUGUGGAAGCUUUUAAAGACCUUGCUUUUUAGGAUUGAAGUGAAGUGGCCAGGUAGAAGUGAUCACUUCACGCCAAUGUGUGAUAUCGAUUGUAUACAAUAGCGAACAGUGCACAUAAUAUUGAGGCUGGUCUCGUGUUAUUUUCAUUGCGUUAAAUGUUACUUAAUAAAUAUUAUGAAAUGUA